ACCAUAUUUUCUGAGACUUCACCAUUCUGUUUUGACAGUGAUGGUUUUGAAUCUACAUAUUCAGUUGGUCCGUCAAGAGAGCAAGCAUGUACAAUUUCCUUUGUGACUUCGUCAGAACACACAGGAUGUGACCACAGCCAGAGUUUUGUCAUUGGGGUUGUCGAAGUAUUGUCCACCUUUCAAAAUAAAACAAGAGAGAAAUGUUGGCCAGUCAGUUGGUACUCAGCCAGUCAGCGAGUGGUCAAACAGUUAGUUAGUCCGCCAGGCAGUCAGUUAGAUUUACCUGCUGUUGCCAUAGAAACAUAACAGUUCCAAUCGCAUGGUAUGGGUAUUGAUCAUAUUUAAACAGCAUUGCAUGACCUUCGUGUCGACCAUCUAAAUAGUCCUUGGCAGCCAUUGUGAGACCUGUACAAGAAAUAUGGUAAGCAAAUAAAAAACAUUUGAAGAUGCUUUUUAACAGUAUUGUUUGCUGUAGGUACACCUAUGUACACUUGUGUAUCAUGUUAGUCCAUGCCUAGAUCCUCUUCUGGCCGCACAACUAGAGAAGAGGGUCUGGAUUAGUAUCAUCUAUGUUUAUUACUUAGUUUACCAAUAUCAGAACUUGUCAAAUGCUUCAUUGCUGCUGCUAUCAUUUCUUGUCUACCAUGAACUUCAAUGCACUGAUAAUAUGAAAUAUCCUGAAAAAUAUAAUCACAAGGUACAGCAUAGUAACGUGCAGUGCUGCUUAACAUACAUAGUUCAUCAAAAACCGACAACAUAUUACCUGUAAAAGGCAACCAUUGGCCAUGGCUCUAUAAGAAGCUUUUACACUUUUAUCAUUUGGAUGCAGUGGUAUCUUGUAACCCCAUUGUUCGACCAUCUUAAAUCUCUUUGCAUGCCAAAUGUGUGUUUCCAACCAAGCAUGUUUUCUUUGCCGUCGACUGUAUUCAGCAAGCAGGUUGCUGGGUUUCCGACGGUGCCGACGAGAUUUCUUUUGCUUUGAAGGUUCUUUCUGUUUCACUUGGGACUUUAAAGCCUUCAAGGUAUUAAAUUGUGCAAUUAUUUGUGCAUUUUCUUGAAUAUUUAAAGCAAAUCUCUUGCAAUGACCCCGAGUGUAUAUUGGUCAAUGACUUCCCCAUGUCUCAACUAGUGGCGAGGGAUCCAGCCCAGAUUAUGGUUAAUACAACCAGGGUUAUGAUCGAUCAUAGUCCAGCCAUUCAGGGCCUUCGCUCAAAACAUUCAAGUUCUCCUUGUAUUUUUCAGGGAGUUGCACCCCUAUCAAUCAAAGAUUGUUCCAGAUUAUAUUUCUGGUUGCAUUUAGUACGCUUGCUGGUGGCACAUUUGGUAAAGGUGUUGCGUUCGGUGGCGCAUUUGGUUAGGAAAUGAGUCGAUUUAUUUUUUUAAAUUCACUUUUAACUUUAUAGUCAUUUAUAUAUUGCUAUACAAUGGCUGGCUGUCUAGCCUAUCUACCUCUUGCCGUGCUUAUUUACGUUUUGGAGGCAAAACAGGUAAGUGCUUUGUAUUGUGAUAUGUAAUGCAGGACUCAAUGGGGAACAUAUGUAGUCUACUGAGAUUUAUUGUCAGUGUAUUUAUCGGAGUUUGCGUGCUACUGAGGAAAAUGUAAACAUUGCAUAAUGGGUGUAUUUUUAUACCAACCUCCCUAUUAUAUGCAUCCCUAAGUCUAGCAGGCAUUCGUUUCGAGUUGUGACUCGCAGCUCGCCGUCUCAUAUGUCUUGGUAACGACUGAAACACUCGCUUAUUGCUCUGCUUCGACGCAGACGAUAGAGCCUGCAUCAUAUUGUGAAUUUCCAAAGCUCUCGACUCGGCAAAUUCUGCUGCAUUAAUACCGCGAGGUGCUUUGGACACGACCCCAGCAGGUUGUCUAGUACUUUUAGGAUUUUGGAAAGGAGAUUGCCGUGAUUUCUCCAUUUCAAAAUGCUUUCUUUUCCGAUUUUUUCCUUGCGGUUUCUCCGCCAUCUUGAAAUCACGCGCGCUCGACCCAGGACUCGCCGUGAUUUGAAAUUUGAAUACAAAGAUUUUGUUCUAUUUUUUGGUUGAAAACUUUGAAUAAAACCUCAAAUUUUAUCUCCAGGAAAGAGUUCUUUAUUUAAGCUAAAGGCUGGAGUUAUUUUGUAUUUAUUUACUGGUAUUGUACAUGUUAAAUUUUAUGUCGAAGAUGGCUGCAAACCAUAUCGUGAAGGCGAAAGCGAAGCACACUGCAUCGGUAAGUGUUUGUUCAAAGUUUGUGAUUUAUUCAUGUGAUAUUUGGAUAGAAUGAUGAGGAAUUGUCGAUAAGCCAGCGUGUGUUUUGAUUUGUGUGUGUUUGAGAUAUGUUUGUUGACUUAUUAGGCCUUCAAGUUUAAUGGGAUUGAUAGAUAAAUACUAAUUUACUAAAUAGCACUUAAAUUUAGAAACAUAUAAAAAUAAAUAAAAAUUAUUUUAUAUUGACCUAUUUUUCCUUGUCUCUGUUGAUCAACAAAUAGAUUUUAUUUCACGAUUAUGCAGCCUUGUUCUGCAAUAAACCUUUUCGUGACAAUACUUCCUUGCCUUGACAGAUGUUCCCUCGCGAUUCGUGAGAACGAGGCUCCCAGGCCAAGGAAAGAUUUGUGACAUACUGUAAUUAUCAAAAAAGUGUGCUGCUUUGCCCCACCCAGUCAAAUCUAUGCCAAUUCUGAUUUGUAUAUACGUCCAAAGCUAAAUGGUGCCCCCCCCCCUGCAGUUUCAAACCCCUACCAAAAAGUCAUCAUCGACCAAUAACUGGCAGGGGGAGGGGAACGCAUCUGGAAUAUUUAUUCCCCGCACCAUAUGACUUCAGUGUAUAAAUCAUCCUUUUACUGUUCAUUCUGUAGGUGAUUUUCCUACAUGGACUUGGAGAUAACGGAUACGGAUGGUCGGCAGGUUUUGAAGAUAUACAAGAACCUCAUAUCAAAUAUAUUUUUCCCAAUGCGUGAGUUGGUUUUAUAAAAAAAAACUUUCAAAAAUACUUUUCAUAUGUUGAUAUAAUGGCUUUCUAAUUUCUUAGCCCAGCUAUGCCUGUAACAUUAAAUGGAGGAUUUAUGAUGCCAUCUUGGUAAGUUCAAAUACUUUGACACCUCAUUUUCGUCAUUGAGAUGCUUGGAUUUAGCUAAUCUCACAUGCACAAAAACAAGGCUCUACAGCCGAAAUGACAUACUUUCUGGAAGGGUUCUAUGUUUUAUCUGUGCAUAGUAUUUGAAAUGUUAAAAGUUUAACGUAAUUCAACAUGAUUUUAAACUUUAGGUUUGAUUUGUACUCGCUCACUCCAACUGGCAAAGAAGAUGAAGCUGGAAUUAAGAAGGCCGCAGAUAAAUGUAUGUUAACCUAUUAAGUUGUAAAUGCAAAAACUCAGUUUUCAAAUGAACUACCUUUUCAAAAGCCAGAACCCCAUUUUCAAAUGCCAAGACUCUGUUUUCAAAUGCCAGAACUCCCUUUUCAAAUGCCAAAGCUCAGUUUUCAAAAGCCAGAACUCCAUUUUCAAAAGCCAGACCUCCCUUUUCAAAUGCCAAAACUCAGUUUUCAAAUGCCAAAACUCCCUUUUCAAAUGCCAAAACUACCUUUUCAAAAGCCAGAACUUCGUUUUCAAAUGCCAAAACUGAGUUUUCAAAUGCCAGAAUUACCCUUUCAAAAGCCAGAACUCCCUUUUCAAAUGCCAAAACUCUGUUUUCAAAUGCCAGAUCUACCGUUUUGAAAUUCAAGAACUCCAUUUUCAAAUGCUAAAACUCUGUUUUGAAAAGUCACGAAACUCGUUCGUGUAAGUCUGCUUGUAAAAGGAUAGUACAAAUGACGUAAUUGUGUUAUUCAAUUUCAAAAUGUUAUUCGAUUUCAGAUUGUAUGUUAUACUAAUACUAAUUGUAUUAUUCUAAUAAAAGAAACAUAUAUUGAGUGUUAGCACAAUAGAAUUCUAUUUGAAUUAUGACCCUAAUAAUGCUUCAUAAAUUUGUGCUAUAUAGAUUUAAUCUUAUACAGUGUAUACAUCUGUCUUUUGUAGUAAAAGAUUUAAUCAAAGAGGAAGAAAAACUAGUUCCUUCUGACAGAAUUGUGAUUGGUAUGUUGUGAAAUUUAACAAUGACAGUGGUGUUAUUCUUAUAUGGUACUCCAAAUCACAUGCUACAAUAAUUAAAAUGUUGUAUUACCAGGAGGAUUCUCUCAAGGCGGAGCACUCUCGAUGUAUACAGCUCUAACAUGGGAGAAACGGUUGGGAGGACUGCUCGUUCUCAGUUCAUGGCUACCACUACACAAAAGUUUCCCACAGGCAUUGAAGUGGCAUUCAGGCACUCCCGUGUUACAAUGUCACGGUACACUACAGUACACUAUUACAGAUGUUUUGAGCUUUUUAUAGGAAAUAGUAGUUUUAUCAUUUGUUUGUAGCAAACCAGAAAAGAGUCAUUUCUGUUACAGGUGAAGCUGACCCAAUGGUACCUUUUACAUUCGGAAAAAUGUCUGCUGAACUUAUGAAGUCUUUUUCAAGUACAAACCAUGAAUUUAAGACCUAUCCUGGACUGGGACAUAGCUCCAGCGAACAGGUAAGGAAAAUAAAGAAUGGUCUGUCACUUCAAUAUGUAAUUGUCUAGUUGCAAUUUGCCUUGGUCAUUAACCCAUUGAGUGGCAGCACACUCCACGUGACGAGUAAAAUUGUCUGGUGUUAGACAGAGUAAAAUACUAAAGUAGGGUGCAUCAGGGUGCUUUGCCACUUAAGGGGCUGCUUUCCUCUUGUAAUACAUGUAACACUGGGCCAUGUCACUCUUAUUGAUGCUCUGACUAAGGACAACAGUUUAGAAUUGAUAGAGCUAUAAAGGAAAUAAGUUUUGUUUUGUGUGCUGCCAAUUGUACUAAAUGAACUUUUUAACAAAAUUCUGCAUGUUCAUGCUCUACUUAAUCAUUGUUUGACAUUGUUGUAGGAAAUGUUAGAUAUCAAGGAAUGGAUUAAAAAAAUACUUCCACCGAAAGAUUGACUAUUCAGUUCCCGACUGUGACACGUAAGCGUGAUGUGAUUUAAAUGUGCAGAAGAAAUGUCAGGCAACUUGUGGACAACAAGUAUGAAAAUCUGAGUUUCAAAAUUACUUAUUGUCGUCAAUUGAUUGUUGUCAAUUGUAUUGCACUAGUUUAGUCAAUGAUUCAAUGCUUUAAGCUAAACGUCUUGUUUCUGAAAAUAAUGAAGAUAUGAGCUAAUGAGGUCAUUAUGCUAAUAAGCUUCACAAAAAUGCAUGAAGUUCGAGGGACAAUUUUUUAUCUACACAAAGGUUUGAUUUUCAAUGAUUUCUGGAUAUUGUCUUACUAUAUCCAGUCUCACUAGAUAUUACUAAGACAAAAUCUGAUUUCUUUUAAAACUUUAUUAUUGAUAUAAAUAUCCUAUUAAUAAAAGUAAAUUUGUAGAUUUAUUGUACAUAUAUUUCAAAUCUAACUUAGAGUCUGAAUUAAAUUGCCAAUUUUUUGCUGAAGUAAAUUACUGCCUGCUCUUUGGAGGAAUUUAGGAAUGUUGCUCUACUAAAGUCAUUUGCAUAAGAAACAACGUAAGAAAAAUAUGCCAACUGUGAACAGUUCUCUUCUUAUGCUUUCAUUCUGCUUUCCUCUUCAUUUUUAAUUAGGAAUUUUCACUGAAGUAAUUUGCAUUGUUCAAGGCUUGCAAUUUGAAAUUUUCAACACUAUCCAAUGGGACACUCAGAACUUGAAAUCUGUUUUCAACUAAAAAAGCUACCGUAGUAUCCCACAUUUAGAUAAUAUAUAUUUUAGUUAGUAAGAUCAUAACAUUAAUUAAAGCAAAGUUCAAUAUUGGUUGCAUUUCUUUGAGAGAAACCCUAGUGGUUAGCGAGACAAAUUUGUUGACUAUCCUGGUGGAUACUGUGCUUUUGAUGUCCAGUAUCCAAACUUAAAAUCUGUUACCCCACGGAUAUUGGUAUACUGCAAAUUUCAAGCCCUGAUUGUUGCAAGUCUAUCCCCUUCAUUCAAGAAGAUUCCAGCAGUUGUUUCUUUGUGUUGUGUACAAACAGAGCUGAACUCAUUUGAGGUGUGGAUGAAUCUUCUUCAGAUCCUUCGUCUUUGGUGCGGAAUGACAUCAAAAUAAAUCCAACUAUAAUCAUAACCGCACCGGUCCCCUUUAACCAGGAGAAGGGGGCAGCUCGCCAGGCUGCAUCCACGGCAGCGUUUAGUGGUAUACCCAGCACCGUCCCAAGAGAGAUGAAUAAAGGGAAUGUGAAUGCUAUCCCGAAGUUGAUUAGAAAGUUAAACGCUAAUCCAAGCGCAGCUGAGCCACAAAGAUACGACCAUGGUAUAUGGUGCCAGUUUAUAUGCUCAUAAUGAGUAAAGUGCAUUAUUUCCAGUAUUGGCCAAAAACAGAGCAGGUUUAUUAACCCAAGGCAAGUGAGAAAAAGACUGACUUGCCCAAUACCACCAUUGCCGAUAAAUAACUUGAAUGUCACCUUGUACAUUGCCGCCAGUACCGCAGAUCCCACAGCGAGGAGGACACCAAUCAUUGUCGUUCCAGUAAAACCGUUGCUAUACGCAAUCACUACUAUACCUCCUAUAGAGAUCAGUGUUGCUAGGAGACGUCGCCAUGAGAAUAAUUCAUCCUUCAGAAGUAGAAGAGAGAGCACAAACACAAAGGCAGGGGUAGAACUGAAUAAGGCAGUGACAUCGGUUGCGGAUAAAACGUACAAGGAUCGUGUGUACAUGUAGUUGCAUCCACACCAGAUUAUGACAAAUGGUAAACAACGCGUUAGUAACGUGAUCGGACAUAGCCCUCGAUCACCAAAAACAUUUUGAGCCUUCGUAAAACUCGUACGAAAGCCCCAACCUUUGAUGAGACGAUAGCAAAGCGAGAUCACAGGGAAACAAAGCGACAUCCAUAUUGUUGAAAACCAGACUACAAACCACGGCGCAUCAAAUGAACUUGUAUAUGUACUCUUCGCAAAUUGUGUCGAACCGACCCAUGAUAUUGCAAUACCAACGACUAUGAAAAUACCAUACAAUGUUCGUAGCGCCUUCAUUCGUGAAUUGUCCGGACGCAUUUGGAAGAAGACUAAAGAAUCGUCGCUAAAAUCCAUCUGCAUUUCUCAAGACUUUUGGUCUAUCAGAUCAAACAUAUCUCAGUCCUCUUUGUAAACUAUUAUGAAAGCGCAUAUUAUAUAUAUAUGGCGAAGUCAUAUAUGACGAAAUCGACCCUUGACCUUAGAUGGAAUGUAAUGAACGGAAAUUGCAACAUAGCCCAGUCACGCGAAAUUCAUUAUCCGUCACUUUGUGAUUGUUAUACAAUCAUUAUCCGUCACUUUGUGAUUGUUAUACAAUGUAGGCUCUGCUUUUUAUCUUUAAACUAAUGUAUAGUUUAUUAUAGAGUUAUGGGUCUACUAGAAAUCUUAAUCUCAGCUUUUUAUUAAAGAAACCUUUAGUGUAUAAUUGUACAUACAAGUUGUAAACGUACAAAGCAUAUAUUGUAUUGUUGUGCAUUGGCACAAAUGCAUAUUGCCUAUUUUAUUUUUUCUUCAAAAACUCCAGUGUAUCCCAGUAAGUUUUUCCAAGGUAUUUUUCUGUGGGAAAUUCGUUAUUGAUAAUAUUUCUUGAAAUCUGUAAGUUGGUAUCCUUAGAAGGAGGAGAAAUCUUAACUGUGUUCUUGUUUGGACUUUCAAUUACCUUUAAAAAUUGAAAUAGAUCUAAGAAUAGGAUGAAAUAAUAAAAAUAUUUGAGUAUUAUAUUGUACAUUACUGCAGUGUACUGUAUUGUACUACUCUGUGUUGUGAUGUUGUUGGUGUUGGUGUUGUGUUGUGUUGUGUCAGUUGUGUGUUGUGUCAGUUGUGUGUUGUGUUGUGUGUUGUUGUUUUGUGU